UAAGCACAAAAGGUUACGAAGGUUGUACGAUUUGUUGCACUAACACAUCGGCUCGUCGCUUGGCAAAUGGACACAAGAUGUGUUAUAUGGGUCACAGACGGUACUUGCCUGCAAAUCAUCCUGAUAGACGGAAGAAGAAAGCAUUCGAUGGUACUGAAGAGGGUGAUGGUACUCAGAGUACAUGGCUGGAGUUGAGGCAAUAGGAAUUAGCAAACCAAGAACUGACCCAGAUGAUGUUGAUAGAGGAUUAAGGGGCAAAGGGACAAUGGUGACAGUGUCCAAGCUUGAACUAGAUCAAGCUCAAUUAGUCGUGAUGAACAAUAACGCAGAGGUUCAACCAUAUAUAACUGACCAUAUGGAGCUGUUACAAUCAAUGGUUCCAAGAAAUCAAAAAAAUAAACAAAAAUGGGUUGCAGACCAACAUCGUCAAACUUUCAUUGGGUGGUUAAGGAAUACCAUUAUAUCAAAGUUGAACGAACCGAAUCAUGGAGUAUCUGAUGUGUUGAGUCGUAUUGCCCUUGGACCAACUUUUGCGGUUGCAAAGCAUGAAGCGUACAUUGUAAGGGGUAAACGUUUUCAUACAAAGUCAAGAGAUGAUGCUCGAGAGGUUCAAAAUAGUGGUAUACGUAUCGUCGCAGAAACUAUGAACUUUGCAAGUGCAAAAGAUAGAAACCCUGUUUUAGGUACUAUGACGUAUUACGGGGUCAUUGAAGAAAUAUGGGAGCUCAAUUAUUUUGCGUUCCGAAUUCCACUUUUUAAGUGUUCUUGGGUUGACAACAACGUUGGAGUAAAAACUGACGAGCUUGGUUUUACUUUGGUUGAUUUAAGUAAGAGAGGAAGCAAGAAUGAUCCAUUCAUCAUGGCUAGCCAAGCAGCUCAAGUUUUUUACAUUUCUGAUCCGGCUAAUGAUAAAUGGUCUAUUGUUUUAUCGACACCAGAGAGGAGGUUCUUAGAGACUGAAGAGGAUGAGGAGAAUGCUGACUUAUGUUACGAUGACUUCAUUGUUGGACAACCAAUUCAUGAGCAACUUAUGGGAAUUGAUCGUAACAUUGAAGAAGACAACGCUGAAUACAUUAGAAACGAUAUCAAUGAGGGAAUAUGGGGCAAAAGAGUGGCCCUCGAAGUUAAUGAUAAAGGUCAAUACUAUGGAAAAAGCUAUGCGAAGCUCGUAUCCACUCUAGGAGUCAGAUGUCGGCAGACAAUAGGGUUUGCUUAUAAAAACCGGAAAGAAGUCAACCAGACUCUGAAAAAUAAAGUUUGGAAAGACAUUCAGACGGGGUUCAUUGUGCCGGACACCUUCAAACAUGAUUGUCUCAUCCUAGCUGGGAAGUUAAUGAAAGACUUCAAGAAUAGGAUGACAAAAGACAUCAUAAUGCCCGCGUUGAAAGAGAAUGAUCUGGGACGACUGGCACAAGUCCCUGAAAAGCACCCGGAGAUCGACGCUGCUGAUUGGUGCAAAUUUGUUGAAAGUCGACUAACUCCUGAAUUUCUGGAAUUGAGUAAGGUGCAACGUGAACGUUCCUCAAAAAUUCAAUCCAGACAUCGAAGUGGUCGGAGUGGAAUGGUGAACGUACGGGAAGCUGUGAAAAAGGACCUCGAAGUUGCAGAUCCUCCCCGCCACCGUGUUUGGAUUAAAUCUCGCACCAAGAGUAGAAAACUUGUCACUGAUUACGACAAGGAAAUUGCCGAGAAGAUAGUAAGUAUAUAUUAAUUCUUAAUUGAGUUCUACUCAUGAGUUAGUGUAUAUAAUUCAUAUACUAAUUGCUUGAAUAUAUGCGUGCAUUAGGCUCAAUUAGAGGAGAAGCUUAGUCAGGGACAA